UUUAUCUUGUCUAAGCAUAGCUGCCCACGGGCAGACUGAACCCCAGACCUCCGACACCAUCUCCUCCGCCCCCAUUUUCUAUCUCUGUUCCGCAAAUUAGGGUUUUUGCUUCUCUCAUUCUCUCUUUCCACUCUCCCAAAAAUCGAGCGUCUGAUUGGAGGGAAAAUCUGUGCAGCUUCUUUUCGAUCUGAGCUGAAAAAAGAAGACUAGUGGAGAUGGCAAAGACAAAGCCGGGGAAGAAGGACCUUGAUUCUUACACUAUCAAAGGGACCAACAAAGUUGUCAGACCUGGUGACUGUGUGCUGAUGAGACCGUCUGAUUCAGACAAGCCACCAUAUGUGGCGAGAGUUGAGAAAAUCGAGGCAGAUCACAGGAAUAAUGUGAAAGUAAGAGUCCGCUGGUAUUACCGGCCCGAAGAGUCGAUCGGGGGCCGGAGACAGUUCCAUGGGGCCAAGGAGCUUUUCCUGUCGGACCAUUUUGACGUGCAGAGUGCCCACACCAUUGAGGGAAAAUGUAUCGUGCAUACUUUCAAGAACUACACCAAACUAGAGAAUGUGGGCACAGAGGAUUACUUCUGUAGGUUCGAAUACAAGGCUGCUACCGGGAGCUUCACUCCUGACCGUGUUGCUGUCUAUUGCAAGUGUGAGAUGCCUUAUAACCCGGACGAUCUCAUGGUGCAAUGCGAAGGGUGCAAAGACUGGUUUCAUCCUUCUUGUAUGGGCAUGACAAUUGAGGAAGCCAAGCAAUUGAACCAAUUCUUGUGCUCUGAUUGUUCGUCUGAUGAUGACGCCAAAAGAUCUAUGAACUCAUCUCCAGUAUCAGCAACUGCCGAGGCAAAGAUGAGAAAUGGUGGAUUAUGUCUCUCUCAUGGGUCAUUUGCAGCUCUUCCUCCUCUGCGAAUAAGAAGAAAUUUUUACCCAUUAGCACAACUCACUGCUCCCUCAAGAACUCAAAGGAUAAUGGAGAGUAUAUCAGUAAGUGGGGAAGUUGGAGGUGCUGGUGGGGUUUACUCAUACAAUGCUUUGAAAAGAUUGGAUGGCUUGUGGUCUAGCAUUUGCUCUGCUUCACCAGACGAAUCUGUAGCUGCUUUUAAUCUUUUUAUUCGUUUUGAUGUUACCGGGUUAUCUCAUGUUCAUCAUUCACUAAAUCUGCAGAAUAGAUGUGGAUUUGAAGGGAAGGGUGAAAUUUGGGUUAAUGACAUUCUCAAUCUUGGUAUUUUGCCUGCCAAGCUUAUCGACGUCAUGAGAAACCGCUUGGAUUCCUUAGGUGGUGUCAUAUUCGAGGGUUGCAGUGUAUCUCACAUAUCAAUUUAUGAAGAUGCAGCUGUAGUGCAAUUGGCUGAUGGGAAGAUCUUAUCAUCACGUCUCGUUAUUGAUGCAAUGGGAAAUUUUUCGCCUGUUGUCAGACAAAUCAGAUGUGGGAGAAAACCGGACGGUGUCUGCCUUGUGGUCGGUUCUUGCUGCCGUGGUUUUAAAGAAAAUACUAAAAGCGACGUGAUAUUUAGUAGUGCUUCAGUAAAAAGGGUCGGACAAUCUGUAGCGCAAUAUUUUUGGGAGGCUUUCCCUGCUGGUUCGGGUCCCCUCGACCGAACAACUUACAUGUUCACCUAUCUUUUUCCCGAACCCGAGUGUCCCCUAUUAGAAGAGUUGCUAGAGGACUAUUGGGAGUUAAUGCCUCAAUACCAAUUUGGGGAUUCAAGUGGCAUACAAUCACCAGUUUCUUUCGGCGGCUUUGGGAGCUUGACAAGGCAUCUCGGAAGAUUAUCAGCUGGAAUUUACGAAGCGGUCAACGGUAAUUAUCUGGAUGCCCGAAGCUUGUCACUUUUAAACCCAUACAUGGAUGUGAUUCAGUUUGGUCCACUCGUCAAGACAUUAGGCUUAGUGAUGGUGACUCGGCCGCUAAUUAUACCAUCAAUCUUUAAGCAGGUUGGUCUCCCGGUGCUGGUCGACUGGUCGGGACAUUUUUUGAUGUUGGGUUACUACACGUUCCUUUCCUCGUACAUCGAUCCCCUAAUUAGACCAUUAUUGAGCAGUUUUCCAGACAAGACGAAGUAUAUAUGGAAGCAAAAGCUCAAUGCCUGGAAGUAUGGAGCUGGUCUGGACUAUAAUUUGAACCAUACCGAGUAACACGACAGAAAUUUACACAAUUGUGGAUAUUUGAAACAUAAUACUCCAGAAAUAUUGUUCAAUUUGUUGAACAAGUACUUGGUCAUAAGUUUGAAUUUUGGUUUAAAUGUUGACCAAUUAAAUAAAUUGACUUAUU